CUUCUGUACCUUGGUGAUGGGAAAAUGGAUGAUACUGAUCUUCCUCACCAGACAAAAAUAACACAGAUGGUCUUGGAUGAAUACUGCAAGGAAUAUAACAAGACCAAAGAUGAUCUAAAGAAUGCUCUUGGAUACAUCUUGAUGACUACAGACCUGUGGAGUGACCCAAAUUGUGAUAGUUACAUGGCAGUUACUGCCCACUUUAUGAUGCAGGGUGAGAAGAAUAGACUGGAGUACACAACUCAACUCAUU